AUGGAGUCUGCUGUUAGUUCACAUGUUUCUGAGGAACAGAUCAACAUUUCUGAUAUGCCCAUUUGGGCACAGGCAACUUUUAGGGAUAGGACACAAUUGAACAGUGUGCCGAGCAAGGUUUACAAAGUUUCACUUUUUAAUCGGGAUAACGUUUUGGUUCGUGUGCCAAUUGAGCAUUCAACACCUGAAGUAGCCCGUCUUACAAUACUCGAGUGGAUAAGCCGGCACAAAUAUACUCAUGAUGGUUCUAAUGUUCCUUAUAAAAUUCUCUAUUUUGCACGCACUGAAGCUUCUGUGGUAAAUAUUGUUCGUGAUAUAUUGAUCUGUUUUGAAGACUUUAACAUCAAAGUUGGAGGUCACAGUGAAGAUAGAGAUAUUAUUGUAACGACUCCUCUAAAGUGGAAUAGUAGGAUAUGGAAGAGCAAUCAUCCUCAAAUGGAAAUUGAUCUCAUCAUUAUUUAUGAGAUAAGGUUUUUUAAUGAUGUUGCUUAUGGAAAAUAUCUCGAAAAUAUAAUUUCAAGAGCAUAUAUGCAGUCUAGCAAUGACGUUCGUAUGGUGGGGUUGUCGGCUUUUCCUAUAGCUCUGGAUAUAGUACAUUUUUUGAAAGUGGAUCUAAAUAAAGGAUACUUUGAUCACGAGGGAAUAGUUGUACCUGGCCAUAUUGAUGAUUUGCUGAAUGACCACAGCCAACACCUUUCUGUUUCCAAGCUGACAGAUCAGCUGAAUUCAGCAAUUGCUAUUGGUACGGUUCUAAAUGCGAAGCAAGCAUCACUUUGGCUUGGAUGCACUUGCCUGUAUACACGAAUGGUGAAAAAUCCUUCUGUAUUUGGUUUAACAACCAACAACGUUAGAUUGGAGGAGACCAGGGAUGAUUUGAUUAAUAGAGCAGCUGCCAUAUUAGAAAAAACUGGUUUGAUCAAGUAUGAUAGGAAGAGUCGAUAUUUUGAAGUCACAAAUAUUGGUCGAAUUGCAAGUUACUACUCGGUAGUAUAUGGAACAAUUUCAAAGUAUAACGAGCAUUUGAAGCCUACAAUUGGAGACAGUGAACUUUUUCACUUAAUAUCCAAAAGUGAAGAGUUUAAACGUAUAACAGUCAGGCAAGAUCAGAAGAUUGAGAUGGCAAAGUUUUUAAACCGCAUUCCCAUUCCAAUUACCAAUAAUAUAGAAGAACCUUUUGCUGCGAAGAUUAAUUUUUUGAUCCAAGCAUAUAUUUCACGCAUAGAAUUUGAGGAUUUCACAACAACUUCUGAAAUGAAUUUUAUAAUUCAGAGGGCUGAAAGCCUUUUCCGAGCACUUUUUGAGAUUGUUUUGAACCGUGGUUGGGCUCAAUUGACUGAGAAAGCUUUGAACUUGUGUAAGGCAGUGACCAAGAGGGUAUGGAAUGUCUAA